AUGAUAAAAACGAAUCCACUGGAAUCAUCUCCGCCCUCUACGUCCUCCUCAUCGGUUGGCUCCGACAUAGAGACGGGAAUGGCGCGUGUGCCUCCCACGCCUCCACGUCGCACUCUGUUAGAACUUAGCUCUCCUGAGCCCAUUCCUUCCGCGCUAGUACCACUGGAACGCCUUUCUCUCGACCAUGCUCCGCCUUCCGAGUCAGAGGUUGAGGAGUCAGAGACGGAAAAACCACACGCCGCCACCGUCUGUGAGGGGUGUCGGCGGUUGGAGGAAAGAUUACAGAGCCUCCAGAUGGAACAUACGGUAAGUUGA